AUGUCUCAUCUCAAGACAAAUCACUACAUGAUAUACAGCACGUUGCAAAAGAAUAUAAAACAAGCUUCGUCUCCUCGCAACAUAGUCUCUUCAACUACAAGUACCAAGGAAGGCAGUGAAUGUUCACCUAGAAAGCCAUGCCAGCCAAGCAUUUUUGAAGCUAUAGAAAAACAAGGUACACUGCCGUCAAGUAAUAAACGCGCCAAAGAAAUCACGGAUGCCAUUACGCAUUUCUUGGCAAAAGACAGCGUUCCAUUUAAUGCUGUCGAACGCCCCGGCUUUAAGCGUUUACUUCGCGUCUUAGAGCCACGUUACGAAGUCCCGGCAAAGUUGACAUUCUCAAGAGAGCGUGUGGUCAAACUUUACGACGCGACGCGAAAAAGAGUUCUGGGUGAACUGAAAGAUAGCGUGGAUUUUUUCGCUGCCACAACGGACAUGUGGUCUUCACACGGCAUGACGCCCUAUAUUGGCUUUACCUUGCACUUGAUUGACGAUGAAUGGAACUUAAAAAAUCGGUGUCUAGGAACGAAAUAUGUGCCCGAGGAUCAUACCGCGGAAGAACUCGGUAGUUGUUUAGAUGAUAUCCUAACCUACUGGGGACUUGACCAGCAAAGAUGA